CCUACCGUUUGGUAGUCAGGAAUUGCCAAAAAAAGACAUAGGCUGGUCUCUGACUGUAAUGAGAGCGUGUUUAUGUCCAAAUGUCCGUCUAGCUCUCUUACAGUCAGAGUACUCGGGCUAGUGACGCUAGAGAGUGAUGGCGUGCCUCGUCAUGCAUGGGUUUUUCAAAUCGAUCUGUUGUUCAAUAACUGAAUGUAAGCGUUCUCAAUAGCAACUAGGAGAAUGUGCCGUUCCUUUGUAUGCAUUCAUAUUACACAUAAAACAUUUCUGUACGGAAAUUCUCAAAAGGCUUAAAACGGGUUUUUUAGGAAAAACCACAGGCUAAAUAUGUGUACAUGUAACUUCCUGUCUGGACUGCUAUAUAUAACUGUAUCCCACAGAUCUCCAUGGCUUUCUGCCAACAAACAGAUUAAACCAGCUGAAACUAAACUCGAUCACUUUACAGGCAGCUAGUUCAGUAUUCUGUGCGCACUUCGUUCAAUCGGAAUUCCAAGCAACUAGAUUCAGGUCGGGACAUCCUACCAUCAGAAGGGUAAUACACAACUGAGGAGGAAGCCCCAGCCUUAAUACUCCCCAAGGACUCCCUGGUUCGUAAUCCACCAAGAGGAUAGUACACAAAUGGGGAGACGAACCAGCCUCCUUUUCGAGUGUAUUCAACGUUAAGAAGAUCAUGCAUCUGGUUUUAGCACCCGGAGUUCUCUUUCUGCUGCUGCUAAUUAAACUGGGAUCAGGUGAAAACUAUCCUGAAGAUCUCAGAAUUAUCUUACUGGGUAAAACUGGAAGCGGGAAAAGUGCACUAGGAAACACUAUCUUGGGAUCAAAGGUAUUUAAAGAGAGUGCAGGAGGUGACAGUGAAACCCGCAAUUCUAUUGUCAGAACUGUGCCUGUCAACGGAAGGCUUGUUAAAGUGAUUGAUACUCCAGGAUUUUUUGACACCAAUUUAAGUGAAGAUGAAUUGAAGACAAAAAUUGAAAAAUCAGUCAACGCCGCUCUGCCUGGGCCGCAUGUCUUCCUGUAUACACAUGCUGUUGGUACAAGGUGGACGAAACAGGAAGAUGAGGCGUUCAAACAGGCAGGAAAAAUCUUUGGUAAGGCAUUAAACAACUUUACCAUUGUGGUCUUCACGAAACGCGACCAGCUGGAUGUUUCUGAAGAGAAAUAUCUUGAGAGUAAGGCGUUACGUGAUAUUAAAGAGAAGAUCAAUGGAAGGUUCUUGUUUAUAGAUAACACGAACCUUUCGAAUACAAACCAAGUAAACAAAUUACUAAAAAUGUGUGAUGAAGUCUACGAUGAAAACGAUUCACAAUUGUACAUAUCUCAACUCUUUGAAAAAGCCAAAAAGGAAGAACAGGAAAGUUUGGAAAGGGAGUUAAAUGAAAAGGAAGAAAAGAAGGAAAGGGAAAGGGUACAAUUACGAUGGCAAGAAAGGGAAAAAUUGGAAAAAGAAAGAUCAGACAGAGAGGAGAAAGAAUGGGAAAACACGCAGAAAUACUUGAAAAUAGCAGCAGUCGCUGGGGUUAGUGCUACUGCAGCAAUAUACUUUGGACCAGCAGUAGCAGCAUAUGCAGCCAAAUUAAAAUGCGUAGCAGCAGCAAAAGCAACAGCAGCCAAGGUGUUCUUGCUGCUAGCCUAACAAUAACAUUACACACCACACUCUCUGGAGGUCAAUGCUUCUGUACCAGCUAGAUUAGGCUUUUAAAGGUACAAUACCUAGCAUAAUCACAACUGUUCGCCAAUAUUAGUUGCUAACUUUUGCUUUGAAAUUUUGGGAUUAAGCAUUUAACUAUAUAGUAUACCCCAAAAAAUAUUAACUAAAUAUUUUCAUUUAUUAUUAGAAGCAAAUUAUUUUAUUGGAAAAUAUUCAGUUAACAACCGACUCUGUAACGCUAUAUAUAUAUGUCCGGCUGAUGUUGCCAACAAAUGUGCGAUCAACUGGUAUCUCAUUUGUCUGUUGGCACUAGUCAGUGGCGAAUCUAAGGGGGGACCCAGGGGGCCCGGGCACCCCUAAAUUUUACUCUUUGUUUCAUUUGUUACGUUCUAGAAUCCGAGGAAUACCUUUGGGAACGAUUGUGGCAUUCAGCCACAUGUCAUUCGGGCCCCCAUUAAAUGGAUUUUCAGAAUCCGCCACUCCUAGGUAGUCAACUUGCAAUAUUUUGUGGAUUUGGCGAUUUCUAAAGAUUUGUGACGACGUCAUAAGACAAUAAUCUCAUUGUACUAAACUCAACUCUGUAUGUUACAAUUUCCACAUUCCUGAGAUAUUUGCGCAAGCAUUUUGCAUAGAAUUGAUUAAUUUAUAGUUGUAUAUUAAAACUAAAUAUAAACAUAGCUAAAUAUAGCCCUGGUAUCUGUGGAAUAGCAUCUUUAAUUUAGUAACAGAAUAGUCUUACAUAUUUAUUUUAUAUGACAUACGUUCACUGGUAUCUUCAGACUGGUUCUAACUUUUACCGUCCCAACCAGUGCCUCGCGAUUGCUAUAUAAAAGGUUGUGGUAUGUACUGUUCUGUCUCUAAGAAUGUGCAUAGAACGGAUCGCCUGCUGCUAAUGGGGAAAUGAAGCGGAUUUCCUCUGAAGACCAUCUGUCAGAAUUAACAAAUGUUUGACGUUUAAUGGCCGACAGACUUUACCUUAACUACGUCUGUAAGGGGGGACAACCUCAAUGAAUUCAUUUGAUAUUAAUUUAUAUGAUUCAGUUCAGAUAAUCCAGUGACGCCAGUUUGGGAAGUUAUAAUAACUUCAUAAAUAACUAGUAGGUUGCCAGGAUUGGACUGGACUGCGGUUGAACACGGUAGGGGGUGGGGGUGAUGGGAUGCCGGGAGUUAGGGCAUUAUUUGGGGCUAUAGGCGUAGGCGUUUCGGCCUUGGAUUUUGUGUAGGGCUGGCCACCCCUCCCUCCCGACCCUCACCUGGUCGCACCAAUGUUUAAAAUAUGAUUGGCAGCCCCUUUCCUUUUAACCUCCCAUGGGCUUAAUGCAUAUUGUUUUAUAAUUAUUAUUAGUUUUAGACCAACCCAU